GCGCCCCGCACCAACAUGGCCACCGCCUCCGGGUGAGCGGGGCCGCCGCGAGUCGGCCGUUGCUGGGCAUGCUCCCUGAGUGCCCCGCACCAAUAUGGCGGGCGUCCUCGCUGGGGUGACUUUAAUUCUCGGUUUUCGGUUCUAGCCGGCCGGUGCUCACUUCUCUUCGGAAAGCUCUGGGCGCGUGGUGGGGCCGGAGAAAGGCAGGGCGGGUGCGGGGGUGAAAGGUGAGAGGGGACUGCAGGCAUCCAGGCCGGCUCCUGGCGGCAGGAAGAUGGCUGAGAGCGAGCGGCGGUCGCCGCCAGACUCUUCGGAGGAUAUCCUUCCAGCCACUCAGAACUUCAUCAUUCCAAAAAAAGAGAUCCACACUGUUCCAGACAUGGGCAAAUGGAAGCGUUCUCAGGCGUAUGCUGACUACAUCGGAUUCAUCCUCACCCUCAACGAAGGUGUGAAGGGGAAGAAGCUGAGCGUCGAGUACAGAGUCUCUGAGGCCAUUGAGAAACUGGUCGCUCUUCUCAACACGCUGGACAGGUGGAUUGAUGAGACCCCUCCGGUGGACCAGCCCUCUCGAUUCGGGAACAAGGCCUACAGGACCUGGUAUGCCAAACUUGACGAGGAAGCAGAAAACUUGGUGGCCACAGUGGUCCCCACCCAUCUGGCAGCUGCUGUGCCCGAGGUGGCUGUUUACCUAAAGGAGUCAGUAGGGAACUCCACGCGCAUCGACUACGGCACAGGACAUGAAGCUGCCUUUGCUGCUUUCCUCUGCUGUCUCUGCAAGAUAGGGGUGCUGCGAGUGGAUGACCAAAUAGCCAUUGUCUUCAAGGUGUUCAAUCGGUACCUUGAGGUUAUGCGGAAGCUCCAGAAGACGUACAGGAUGGAGCCGGCCGGCAGCCAGGGCGUGUGGGGCCUGGAUGACUUCCAGUUUCUGCCCUUCAUCUGGGGCAGUUCACAGCUGAUAGACCACCCGAAUCUGGAGCCCAGGCACUUUGUCGAUGAGAAGGCCGUGAACGAGAACCACAAGGACUACAUGUUCCUGGAGUGUAUCCUGUUUAUCACCGAGAUGAAGACAGGCCCCUUUGCAGAGCACUCCAACCAGCUGUGGAACAUCAGCGCCGUCCCCUCCUGGUCCAAAGUGAACCAGGGUCUCAUCCGCAUGUAUAAGGCCGAGCACGAGGAGGUCAGCCACUGAAGACCGCCUGCAGCUCAGGACCAGACAGAGGGAGCCCCAGCACACAACCCAGCGCCCUUCCUGAAACCGGGAAGUUCCAGCCCUGGGUGCACGCAGCCUGCCGGGCGCUGUGCGGCGGCCACACGGCUUUGUAGGACAGCGCUGGAACCCACUGACUUUAGUUUAGGGACACCAAGUCUCUGUGACAUGCGACACUCAUUUGUAAGUUGCUAGCAGGUUGCCCUUAGUCUUUGGUCCCUGUGAGUCACGUGGUCAUAUGCUCUUUGCUCGGAGAAAAGCAAGGAAAGGACUUGCUUUUCCAGACCAGUUCUUGGUCCUUGGGGAAGACCUUUGAGGCUCACCAUUCUUGAAGUCCAGAUGGGGGUUAGCAAAGGCCAGAGCCCCUGGCCAGAGACGGCUGCUGGAGGGGAGCGGGUCCCCUGAGCUGCCAUAGAGGCCUGACCGGGCCUGGCAUCAGGAUCUGGGACCAGCUGUCUGCAUCUCCAAACUGCCUGUCAGUUCAGCCUUUCUGAACUGAAGAACCAGAUGCUUUCCGGGACCCUUGUGGGUGGUGGGGCCUGUCUUUCCUGAGGGCUGUCACCGUGCUGGUGCUCCCUUCAGGAGCGCCUGUCAGGACCUGGGGAGCCCCUUCUCCCCCCAAGUCGCUGGGACCUGGGAGGGCCUCCAGUUGGAAGGUCUGCACAUGGGCAGGCGGAAGCUGCUGCUCUGUCCAGGACACGGGGAGCGCCGGGGCACAGGUCACUGGAGGAAGGCCUGGCCGGAGGCUCCCUCUGCUGUGACCCUGGAGCCCCCGACUUCCUUUGCCCCAAGCAGCCUUUUGCUUUUAGCCCAGCUCCUCGCCCCCCCACCCCCCAGCCCCAGGCCUUGGGGAAGCUUGUUCUGGGUCCCUGAGGGCGGAGUGGAGAGAACCUCUGCCCCUGCGCCCUCCCCCUAAGCCUCUUGCCUUUGCAGCUUCUCAGGCCUGAAAGCUAGAAGCAGGUUGACCUUUGACCCUUUGUGGAAUUCCAGGACCCUGGGGGGGGGCCCCACUUUGACAAACUCCCACCACUUCCUCCAUGACAUAAGCACAAUGGCAGCUGCCUUUUCUUCUGGCCUGGAUCUGCUGCUCUUCCCUCCCCCCGACCCCCAGCUGCCUGCUCCCCACUUUCUGUGCCCCAGGCCCAGGGGCCUGGCUGUGGCCUGGAGCUCUGCUCCCACACAGAGCUUGGUUCCCCAUCCUUCCAUCGUAGAUUUCCCGUCCUGCUCACCUCCUGGUCCCCCUUCAGGCCUUGUGGCCCACCCCCCACUCUGACACACACACACCACACACAGACACACACACAGGCCUUGUGGCCCACCCCCCACUCUGACACACGCACUCACGCACGCACACACACACUCCCCCCCCCCCUACACACACACACAGCUGGGCAGAGACCUCCUCACCUCUGCGGCUGCUUGUUGAGGUGAGGGAACCCGGGACAGCGCUGGCGUGCCUUUAUUCCUCCGAGUUAGUGGGAGGAGAGCACAGUCACAGGAUGGAACUCUCACCCUCUCGGAGGCCGUAAGUCUUGUUCCACCCCAGCCAGGAGGUGCACAUUCUGCCUGUUUCUGUGGCCAGAGGUCUGAGAGGAGGCAGAUCCUUCUUCACAUGUGCGGGGCUGCUGCCUGUGUGGUGGGCAGGCGUGGCAGGGCUGGUGCAGGGGGCUGGGAGCUGGGGCCCCCUCACCUUCCCGGUCCUGUGCCGUGUGGGCCUGGGGUCCGGCUGCCUGGGGGCCAGGCCAGCUUCUUGGUCGGCCCUGCUUCUCUCUGUCUUGCCUCCUCUGCCAGAGCCCUGGGGCUGAGGCCCUGGCUGGGCUGGGUUCAGGGAGCAGCGCCAUCCCCUGCUCGGCCAUCCCCCUGCACAGUGCUCUUGUUCUCUGCCCCACGCACGGGGCUGCUGGGAAUUGCCCUGGGGGUGGGGCGGCUGUCAGCUGGUUCUUAUUGUCUCACUCUGAAGUGCCAAGAUGCCUUUUUCAGUCUAGAGAACUGAACAUUGGGAAAAUGGGCCUUGGACCCUUCUCAGGCUUGGGUCCCAGUAUCCCCACACCUCUUCUCCAGGGCUGGGAGAACCCUCAUGAUCUGGAGGGUUCUUUUCACCUCUGGUCCCCAGCUUGUCCCCCUGGGCCAAGUGAUGUCACUUGGCUGCCUCUCUUGCUCCUGCCUCGUGGGGUUAGGCUGCCUUCUCUCCCUCCCCCUCUCCCUCGGUCCCUCUCACUCACUCUCAUUCUCGUUAUUUGCUGGACCUGACCUGAUUGUCGUGGAGUGGGGGGGUCUUUGGAUGGGAGGGGGUGAUCAGGAAUGGGUUGGAAGCUCUGCCCUCCCCCAAAGGCCUGGCCGCUUCCUGGGCCCUGGGUGGACACCUGCUGGAACUGCGCUGCUCCGGGCCUCCGGAGUCGUCCAGGGGUCCCUCAUCCCUCGGAGGCCCGAGAGGCUGAGCAGGCCUUGGCAGGGGUGCAGUGCGGCCCUCACCUCUCUUCUCUGCUCCCUCCUCC